AUGUUUCGACUGAAGAGGCAGCGGCUCACAACCGAUGGCCUUGAUCGAGUCACCGCGGCUAGCGAUGAUGCUAUCGGUCUCGACGGAGAAGAAUCGCAAGAUACCGCCAAGGAACAACGGACAAAACAGCAGAAAGGGCGUUCGUUAUUUGUUCGCUCACUACCCGAGGAUGCUACAUCAGAGAGCUUGACCAACUUUUUCUCCCAAUCUUUUCCUCUUAAACACGCAACCGUUGUUAUCGACUCAGAGUCCAAGCAGUCCAAGGGGUAUGGUUUCGUCACUUUUGCCGACGUCGAGGACGCUCAAAUUGCCAAAGACACCUUCAAUGGAUCUUUGUUCGAAGGCCGAAAAAUCAAGGUCGAGCUUGCAGAGCCUCGACAUCGUAAAGCAAACCAAGAUGGGCUCACUGGUGCUACGAAAGCGAAGGCUCGGCCAGGUCCGCACAAACGUGAAGUGCAGCAGCCAUCAAAACUCAUUGUGAGGAAUCUGCCUUGGACAAUCAAGGAGCCAGAGCAUCUGGCAAUCUUAUUCAGAAGCUACGGCAAGAUCAAACACGUCACUCUGCCCAAAAAAGAAUUGGGUCUAUCAGCUGGGUUUGGCUUUGUUAUACUACGGGGAAGGAAGAACGCAGAGAGGGCUUUGGAAGGUGUUAACGGGAAAGAGGUUGACGGAAGGACACUGGCUGUGGAUUGGGCCGUGGAGAAGGAGGUUUGGGAGACAAUGCAAACUGGAAGUACGGGACCAGAGACUCCGGACCGAGAUGUAAAUGCCCCCCCAGUGGAGGAGCAUGACGAAAGCGUCAAAUCGGAAGAUAGCCACCACAUCGAUGUCGAAGACAUUCCACAGAGUGAUAUCGAGCGGUCUGCUUCCUCGGUUCGCGAAGAUAGUCAACCCACGUCGAUGGAAGACAAGGACGUCGACGAGGGUUCGGUAGCGCGGACGAAGGACAGCAGCACUUCGACUCUGUUCGUACGGAACCUCCCAUUCACCAGCACAGAUGAAGUGUUGACAGUUCAUUUUGAGCUUUUUGGCCCUGUGCGGUAUGCAAGAGUAGUCCUCGACCAUGCGACUGAACGACCGAAGGGUACAGGGUUCAUCUGUUUCUACAACAAAGAAGACGCGGAUUCUUGUCUUCGAGAGGCUCCUAGGAUGCAGCUCACGCUAAUUCCAGGGAGCACAACGACCAAAGGCACAGGUAGUUCCUCGACAAAGCAAUCCUUACUCGAGGAUACGAGCCUGGACCGUUCCGGACGGUAUACAAUGGAGGGUCGGGUGCUCCAACUGUCUCGAGCAGUAGAUCGCAACGAAGCUACGCGACUUACAUCUGCCAGCAGCAAUGUACGAGAUGCCCAAGAUAAAGAUCGAAGGCGAUUGUAUUUGCUCUCAGAGGGCACUGUACCCUCUAAUACCCCUCUUUAUGGUCAGCUGUCGCCGUCCGAGAUUAAAAUGCGAGAGGACAGCGCAAAACAGCGCCAAUCGCUCAUUAGAAGCAACCCUACGCUCCAUUUCAGUUUGACACGUCUGUCUAUUCGUAAUCUGCCACGUAGCAUAACUUCUAAGGGUCUCAAGGCCCUUGCGAGAGAAGCUGUUGUCGGCUUCGCAAAAGAUGUCAAAAGUGAGCUACGAAAGCAGUUAUCGAAAGAGGAGCUCUCACGAGGUGGCGAAGAGAUGAAGCAAGCCGAGAAAGCUCGAAAAGCGAAAGGAAAAGGCAUUGUCAAGCAGGCCAAGGUUGUUUUCGAAGGCAGGGAAGGGAGCAAGGUAACAGAAGACAGCGGCGCCGGUCGAAGCAGGGGCUAUGGCUUCAUUGAAUAUUCCUCACAUCGGUGGGCUCUAAUGGGGCUUCGGUGGCUGAACGGGCACGCAGUGGGGCCUGCAAAAAACUCCGACGGUACGAAUGAUAAAGAGAGAAGGAAGCGGCUGAUCACAGAGUUUGCGAUCGAAAAUGCCCAAGUAGUUGGAAGACGGCACGAGAGGGAGACAAAAGCUAGAGAGAGAUCAAGACUCGUUUCUGAGAAACGGGAAAAUGGGGAAAUUCCAAACAUUGUGUCAAAGCGUUUGUCCAAAGACCAAUUGAUGGCUAAGACGCGAAAAGGUACGAAGAGGAAGCGAGUAUCCAACCCAAAGUCUCUUGUGCAGGAUCCUACACCAGAAGGCCCGAAUGCCAACGCAGCAAGCGAUGAGUCGGGAAAGUUCGCAAAACGACAACAGAUAAUCGGAAGGAAAAGAAUGAUGCGAAGGUCUAGAAGUCAGGCAGUAUCUAAGUGA